GUAAAAAUAUAAAUAUAAGAUAUGAGAAACAUUUCAGGAUCAAUGGCAGAAAAGGUAACGAACGUUUUAUCAUAUGUGAACUAAACAAAAAAAGCGAAGAAAUAAAAAUAAAGAAAUAACAAGUAAGAAGAAGCCUUUAAAACAGAAGUUGUUAUAUUUAGUUCCAUGUAUCCUGGUACUAAUUUCCGUUUAUCUUCUUCUCAGACAACUGUUUGAUACAUCAACGGUAUUAAAUUUACCAGUACCUUUAUAUAGGAGAGAAAUGUCAACAACACAUUCUGAUGGAGUUAGAAGGAAAAAAAAGGGGUCAAUUUGUCCUAUUUUACAAGGUGGUCUCGGAAAUCGAUUGUUUCAAUUUUCUACUACGUUUGCUGUUGCAAGGACGAAACAAAUGGAGCUUAUCGUACCUUCCGAUGCUGAAAUCCGAAAAGUGUUUGUAAUUAAUGUGACAUCCAAAAAUAGACCAAAAGGCUUAUGUAAGGGGUUUCGAAAAGUUUUAGAUAAAGCAUCUCCGACAUACAACAAAAGUUUACUAAAUUUUAGUUCUGAAGAUAACAUUCAACUAGGAUAUGGACUUCAGUCCUGGAAAUAUUUUCACAUGUAUGAUAAGGAGCUGCGGAGGCAAUUAACAUUUCAAAAGCAUAUUCAGAAUACUGCAGAACAGACAAUUGGGAAAAUACUACAGAGACGAAAAAUUACAUCUCGGAAGAGUAUUACUCUGGUAGGUGUUCAUAUCAGGAGAGGUGAUAAGGUAGGAAACCAUGACGGAUUUAAUAUUGCUACACCCGAGUAUUUAAACAGAUCUGUGAAUUAUUACACUAAAAGGUAUGCAGCUGUUAUAUUUCUAGUUAUAUCAGAUGGCAUGGCUUGGUCUAAAAAUAAUAUGCCUUCUCAUGUUCCUGUAGAAUUUAUAUCCUUAGGGAAAAGAGAAUUUGAUAUGGCAACUGCCGUUGCUUGUGACCAUACAAUCAUGACAAUAGGAACUUUUGGUUGGUGGAUUGGUUAUUUAACUGGUGGAGAAGUGGUUUACGUUAAAGAUGCUGCAAAAAAGGGUUCACGAUUUGAACGCAUACUUAACUUUGAGGACCAUUUCUAUCCACAAUGGGUAGGACUUUAAUCAAUCAAUUUUUGAUAAAUGUUGAUUUAAUGUAUUAUCAGUUUAUCCAGAAAUAUUGGAAAUUAAGCAUCAUUGACCUUGAACGUCUUGAAAUUCAGGUUUUAGAACACUAAAAGAGGAAAACAACCAAAAUACGUAAAAGUGCCCUAAAACAUCAAGUUUUCUUAAUUGUUAUCUUAAUUUCAGUAAUUACAUAGUAAACUAACGAUCUAUCUAGAUUAUUUAAAAUGCA